CGUCAGCAAGUUGGCAGCCCCGUUUUACGCAGCCCUGUGUUUUUCGAGUUGAGAGUCUUGUGAAAUUACGAAAAAGUACACUUUGUGCAAAAGCAAACAAUCAGAUCGAAGCAUACGGUGUCCUUGGAAUGUCUGGUGGUCCAUCCAUAACGCUUAAGAGCCAACCCAUCGAUGGUAACAACACUGGGAAUGCUGCAGCGGCUCAGCAGCAGACUGCGAAUGGCGCAGCAUCUGGAUCCUCUGCCGCCGCCGCUGCUGCUGGCAGCCAAGCCCAGAACCAUGGCAACGGCGGAGUAGGCGGCAGCGGGAGUGCUCCGGCAGAGGGUACACGGCAGAAUAGUCUUCAACGCAUCCAGCAGAGGAAGCAAAAGGUAUUCAACCUACCUGUGGCCCAGAAACUGGCCAAGCUCUCGAUGUACUCGUCCUGCCAGUCGGAAGGAUGCCGUUGCACGGGCUGGAAAACUCCUCAGGAGAACCGCCAUCGCGAUGUGGAGUCCUCUUACUGUCCGGAGUUCAACGAGGAGUGUCGCAACUCCAGCUGCCGCCACUCCUUGCGAACGCACAUCGCUCAUCUGGACAAUAUUUCCAGCUCCAGCAUGGACGAACUGCUGGGCGCUAUCAUCGACAUGGAAAACCUUUUUAUGUCCAUGCAGCGCGUGGAGGACGAGGACACCAAAAAGGUCUAUCUGUAUCUUUUCCGAUUGCUUCGCCAGUGCGUCCUGACGCGCCAGCAAGCUGUGAUCCGUGGUCCUCUAGGGGAUCCACCAUUCGAGUCGCCUUGCAUCACCAAGGCGGUGCUUUCACUGGUCUUCUACAAGUACAACCAUCUCAAUCCGACUGAGCUGCAAACCAUGACCGAGGUGGCCAAGACUUUCCUCAACUUCCUAAAUCACUACAAUUUUGAAUCGCCGUCAACGAGGCGGGGAGAUCUCACCCACGAGGAUGCCUCCAACUAUAAGAUCAACUACACCCGCUGGUUAGUUUUCUGCCAUGUGCCCGCCUUCUGCAACUCCCUGCGUCAGUUUGAAACGUCCCUGGUCUUCGGGCGCACCCUGCUGAGAACCGUGUUCCAGUACAUGUCCCAGCAACUGAAGAAGAAGUGCAUCUCGGAGAGGGACCGUUUCCCCGAGGACAAACGGUCGAUCAUCACACAGAUGCCCAAGUUCCUGGAGGCUUUGCGGGCCGAGCUGCUAAAGGACGACUCGCCGAUUUGGGAUCCCAACUACCGCCCGCCCAAUUCGUUUGUCAUCCAGCAGAGGAAGAGGCAUCAGGAAGUGGCGCCCGUAGUAGCCGGGGGAAGUGUGGCCUCCGUGGGUAGCGCCAAGCGUGCCAGUGUGGGCGAACCUCUGCACAAGAGGAUCAAGAAGGAGCCGACGGAUCGAUGCGUCAGUGAAAACUUGGAUGACCUGCCGACGGAUGUGGUGAUGCGUGCCAUGAAAUCGGUGUCUGAGUCGAAAACCACCAACAAGGCUGAAAUUCUGUUUCCGGUCAAUGUUUCCCGCGAUGAGAACGUGAAGGCGGAGGAGCAGAAACGAGCCAUCGAGUUCCAUGUGGUGGGUAACUCGCUAACCAAGCCGGUGGAUAAGCAGACGGUGCUCUGGCUCCUGGGCCUGCAGCUGGUGUUUGCCUAUCAGCUCCCGGAGAUGCCGCGCGAGUACAUUAGUCAGUUGGUUUUCGACACCAAGCACAAAACUCUGGCGCUUAUCAAGGAAAAUCAACCCAUUGGCGGCAUAUGCUUUCGUCCGUUCCCCUCGCAGGGAUUCACGGAGAUCGUCUUCUGUGCUGUGACCAUGUCGGAGCAGGUAAAGGGCUAUGGCACGCAUCUGAUGAACCACCUGAAGGAUUACAGCAUUCAGCGUGGCAUCAAGCACUUACUGACCUUCGCCGAUUGCGAUGCCAUUGGAUACUUUAAGAAGCAGGGAUUCUCAAAGGACAUCAAACUGGCGCGACCCGUUUAUGCGGGUUACAUUAAGGAGUACGAUAGUGCCACUUUGAUGCAUUGCGAGCUGCAUCCAAGUAUCGUGAAUACACAAUUCAUUGCGGUGAUACGUAAUCAGAGCGAGAUCCUGAAGGAGCUGAUAGCACAACGGCACAAUGAAGUGCAGAAGGUUAGGCCCGGAUUGACAUGUUUCAAGGAGGGUCUGCCUUCCAUUCCCGUUGAGUCGAUUCCCGGCCUUCGGGAGAUCGGCUGGAAGCCACAAAUGCGCCCGGCACGAUCGGCUCGACCUCUGGAGGAAUCUUCUGAUCCAGAGAAACUGGCCACUUCAUUUGCAUCCGUGCUGCAAUCGGUACGCCAGCACAACACGGCGUGGCCCUUCCUGCGUCCGGUGACGGCGGCUGAGGUGCCAGACUAUUACGAUCACAUCAAGUAUCCCAUGGACCUAAAGACGAUGGGCGAACGCUUGAAGAAGGGGUACUACCAGACCCGUCGCCUAUUCAUGGCCGACAUGGCCCGCAUCUUUUCCAACUGUCGGUUCUAUAACUCACCCGACACUGAGUAUUAUCGCUGUGCCAACUCCCUGGAACGCUAUUUCCAGACCAAAAUGCGAGAAUUGGGGCUGUGGGACAAAUGAUGCAGCGAUUCCGAGGAGCUUUGUAUAAAACCGAAUAUUUAAUCUUCUUCACUUUACUGGAGAGCGUUAUUUCUCUUAUAUUUAUUUAGAGUUUCCUUCCUACCAAAAGACCCUUGUGUGAAUUACAUGAAUUCUGGAUUUAUAUAUUGUUCUUGAGAGACACCCAUAUAUCGUAAUCGAGCACUUUGUCUGUCUUAUUUAUUUAGACGACGGGCUAGAUUAAGCUAGAUCUUUAAAAAAUAUAAUAAACUGUAACUUUAUAAACUAUUAUACCGCA